AUGGAAAUCACCAAAGUUUAUCCAUUGGACGCAGUUUUUGACAAUCCCGAAGAUGUUCCAGAAGAUAUAAAAACAAAUAAGCGCUAUGCUGGAUCCAGUAAUUGGACUGUUCAGGAAGUAGCAGAAACUGUAAAACAGGAUUUUGGGAGCAUCGACAUUCUUGUACAUUCUCUCGCUAAUGGUCCAGAGGUAACUAAACCUCUGUUGGAGACCUCAAGAAAGGGAUAUCUUGCAGCAAUAUCUGCGUCAAGUGGUUCUUCAAUUUCUCUCACGUACAUUGCUUCUGAGAGGAUCAUUCCUGGAUAUGGAGGUGGCAUGAGUUCGGCAAAAGCAGCACUCGAGAGUGACACUAGGGUUCUUGCUUUUGAAGCAGGAAGAAAACAUAAAGUCAGGGACAACACUAUAUCUGCUGGCCUGUUGAGGAGCCGUGCUGCUAAAGCAAUUGGAUUCAUUGAUACUAUGAUUGAUUACUCCCUAGCCAAUUCACCUCUUCAGAAAGAAUUAUCUGCAGAGGAGGUCGGAAACACAGCCGCAUUCCUAGCAUCCCCACUGGCUUCUGCAAUUACUGGUGCUCUUAUUGAUGUCGACAAUGGACUGAAUGCUAUGGGAGUGGGAGUCGAUAGCCCCAUAUUCAAAGACCUCAACAUACCAAAGGCCAAGUAA